AUGGUGUCCAUUGGCAUUGAUUCGAAAAAGCAGCCAUACGUCGGUUCGACGGGCAUUCCUGAUCUAAAGGUCCCGACGGAUGACCUCGCGGAACCGCCUGUUCAACAAGAAACCUACACAAGUUGGGGAUUUGUUCGUAAUAAAAGACAAAGACCCGACCCUGAAGCUAUUGCUACUGUGCGUAGUGUCUUUGACAACCCGGAUCUGGCCCAAUUCUACCACCCCAAACCAAAGCACGAGAAUUAUCGUGCCUUUGACCCAAAUGAAAGAUGGACACACAGAGAAGAGCAAGCUGUUCGCCGUAAGGUCGAUAUACGCAUCUUCAUCUGGGUUUUGGUCAUGUUCUUCGCCCUCAACAUCGAUCGUGGAAACCUUGGACUCGCCACAGCAGACGGUCUGGUUGACGACCUCGGCAUCAACACGAACGACUACAACAACGCGCAAAACAUGUAUCGCGUCGGAUUUCUCAUUGCCGAGCUGCCUUCACAAAUGAUUGGAAAGAAAAUUGGCACAGACCGCUGGAUCCCGACGCAAAUCAUCCUUUGGAGUAUCGCAUCCGGCGGCCAGUUCUUCAUGACCAACCGCGCGACAUUCUUCGCCUGCCGAUUUUUCAUCGGCCUAGCUAUGGGAGGCUACAUCCCAGAUGCACUGUUGUAUCUUUCAUACUUCUACAAGAACAGCGAGAUGCCUAUGAGGCUGGCCAUCUUCUGGUUCGUCAACUCAAUGUCCUCGGUCAUCGCCUCCUUCAUCGCCUACGGGGUCUUUAACCUUCGAGGCGUCGGAGGUCGCGAGGGCUGGCGAUGGCUGUUUCUUAUAGAGGCCAUAAUCAGCGUCACGAUUGGUUUCUUGAGCUUUCUCUUCAUGGUACCCGGACCUACCCAAACAAAAAGCUGGUGGAAACCGACUGGAUAUUUUACCGAGCGCGAAGAAAAGAUCAUUGUCAACCGUGUCCUGCGAGACGAUCCCUCGAAAGCCGACAUGCACAACAGAGAGGGGAUUACACCUGCUAUGCUCUGGAAGAGUCUGAAGGAUUAUGACUUGUGGCCGAUAUAUGCCAUUGGGAUCUUGUUCCAGAUGCCCGGGGAUCCUCCCGGCCAGUAUUUGAACCUUUCUCUCAAAGCUAUCGGUUACGAUCAUUUUACUGCGACCCUUCUUAACAUCCCAGUGACAGUCGCCGCUAGCUGCACCAUGUUGGGCAUCACCUUUCUGACGGAAUAUUUCCACCAAAUAUCUCUCUUUGGUCUGAUCUCGCAACUCUGGUCUUUGCCGUUCUUGGUUAUCAUCUAUACCUCAGCACAACGUCUCUCAAAUUGGUCUCUUUACGCCGUACUAUUCAUGCUGCUUGCCUCCCCUUCGGUACAUGCAGCUCAGGUGAGCUGGUGUUCGCGCAUUAGCAAUUCUGUUCGCACAAGGGCAGUCAGCGCCGCGGUCUACAACAUCAUGGUGCAGCUCUCGGGCAUAGCAUCCUCAAACAUCUACCGCAAGGAUGACAAUCCUCCGUGGUACCCAAGAGGCAACCAAAAUCUCAUUGCAAUCAACGUCGCAGUAAUUGUCUUAUACAUGUCCUAA